AAAAAUCACCCAAAAUCACCAUUUCCGUGUAUUUGAUAUUGGACACAGAUUUCAUUUCAGUAGCUUCGCUCGCCAUUCGGAGUGUGAAGUCAGCAGCAACACAAUCGCACGCUUAUUAAAUUAACAACACAAAAUUAAAUGGUUUCCAAUACUAUACUCUAAAAUUUCAUAUUGGAAAUGGCAUUCCCACAGAUCAUCCCUUCACCUUCAACUUCAUCUCUACCUCACAAUCACAACCCUUCUUUAAACCCAAAUACACUCUUCUUAAACCCUAAAUUCCUAUCAUCAACAACACCGCAGCAUCUUCGUGUUCUCCACCACCGCCGGAAGUCCAAUUCCAUCCUCCGAUGCUCCGCCUCCUCAUUCUCGGAGAAGCACCACACCAACUCCCCCAAGUCCGACGACGUCGUCGAACUCCCUCUCUUCCCUCUCCCUCUGGUCCUCUUCCCCGGCGCAAUCCUUCCUCUCCAGAUCUUCGAGUUCCGUUACCGGAUAAUGAUGCACACUCUCCUCCACACGGAUCUACGCUUCGGGGUUCUCUACAGCGACGCCGUUUCGGGAACCGCCGACGUGGGCUGCGUGGGAGAAGUCAUCAAGCACGAACGGCUCGUGGAUGACCGGUUCUUCUUAAUCUGCAAAGGGCAGGAGCGGUUCCGCGUGACGAACGUGGUUCGGACGAAGCCGUACCUGGUGGCUGAGGUGACGUGGCUCGAGGAUAGGCCUUCUCCUUCGAAGGAGCUCGACCUGGACGGUUUGGCCAACGAGGUGGAGACCUACAUGAAGGACGUUAUUCGGUUAUCGAAUCGGUUGGGUGGGAAACCGGAGAAGGAGGUUGGGGAUUUGAGGAGGAACUUGUUCCCGACGCCGUUUUCGUUCUUUGUUGGAAGCACUUUCGAGGGUGCACCGAGAGAGCAACAAGCUCUUCUUGAAUUAGAGGACACUGCAGCCAGAUUGAUGAGGGAGAAGGAAACCUUAAGGAAUACGCUUAAUUACCUCACUGCUGCCUCUGCUGUCAAAGAUGUCUUCCCUUCUUCUUCUUCUUCUUCUUCCUCUUCUUGAUGCAAAUGCAAAUGCAAAUGCAAUGCCUUUGGGAUUCCAUAUCAGAAACAACACGCAAGGUGUAAGCAUUUUCAUAUGCUUCUAGUUAUUUGAUUUUGUGAUACAUUUUAUAUACUCUGAUACUUGAUAGUAGAUACAAUUUGCGAAUGCUCCUCUUUCUCUUGGUUUGCGAAUCUGAACCCUUUUAGAAAAUCAACUCAAGCUAAA